AUGGUAACAGUGCUGUCAGCCUAUGCACGCCAAGCGGGAUGUUUGGAGGACAAGAACGAAAAAUUUUGGAGGGAUUUGGAUGGAGUAAUGGUCGGAAUACCAGAGAAUGAAAGAGUGAUAGUCGGAGGGGAUCUAAAUGGUCAUGUUGGUGGAAGGAAAGGUGGGAAAAAUAGUGGGGAGGUGCGAAAUACUAAGGUCAUAUACGGUGAAGGAAUAGCAACACAACAUAAGUUGAUUGUAGCGGAUUGUGAGAUGAAAAUAUGUAAAAGACCGAGGCACAUAAAUCAAUGUGAAAGGAAAAUUAAGUGGUGGACAUUAAAGGAUAAAAAAUUGAGAGAGGAGUUUAGUCAAAAAGUACUGGGAAAGGUAAAAUUGGCAGAGAGUGUGCAGGAGUGGUGGAAAAUAAAUAGUGCUGUCAUAAGGAAGACCGGGGAGGAAGUGUUUGGGUUAACAUCUGGAAGAGGGGUGCCAAAAGAUAAGAAAACAUGGUGGUGGAAUGAAGAGGUGCAGAAGGUUGUGAAGGAAAAGAAAGACGCUAAGAGAAAGUGGGAUAUGUCCAGAAAUGCUGAGGAUGGGCAAGCAUACAAAAUUGCAAAGAAGGAGGCAAAACGAGCCGUGGCUAAAGCUAAAGCUGAAUCAGUAAGGGAGGCAUACGAACAACUACAGAAAAAUCAGGAUAUGAGAUAA